CGGCGAGGUGCAAGCGAUAAUCCGCCAGUCGAUCUUUCGCGACUUCAGUUACGAGCCAAUCGAUAGCGAGUCAAUCGGUGGUAAUAUAACAGUCAUUCUCUCUCUCCGCGCGAUCGAUCGUCAUCGCGCCGGUAUACAGAGAAAAAAACAGUGUUACAUACGAGCACGUAGAAACUCGUGUCACGUACGGUCAUCGGCCAGUGUAUACAUUGGGAGUGGGCGGAAGAGGGUGGACCGGGGUAUAGGAGAGGUCGCCCGUCGAUCCAGAUAAGCCGUGUAAACGCGAUAAGGUACGGACGAACACUUCGUCGUGAUCGCAGCGGUUAACCUGUGACAGACUGUAAACAAGAUUUUACAAUUGUUUUGUGUACGACACGAGGUAAACAGAGGGACGGAGAAAGAUAGGGGAAAAAAACGGAUCGUGUUGAGCUUACCGCGAGCUUUCAGUUCGUGUGUAACCAGCGCGUACAUCGCGACCACUUGACACGCGCAUAUUAUAUAUAUAUAUAUAUAUAUAUAUAUGCAUGUAUAUAUAUGUAGGCAUGCACACAUGUAUUCCGCGUUCGUAUAACGUGAUAGAAACGUACGGUGAGAAAAAGCAGGGAGAAGAAAGAGCGUGAGAGAACAAGAGGGAGGGAGAGAGAAAAAGGAGGAUUAUUAAUAUAUUAAAUAUAUAUACGCGGCGCGUAAUAGCCAGUAUAUCGUAUACGAAAAAAAAAAGUGUAUAGCCGGCGUUUUUUCAUCGUGAAGCAGCAUCACUUUCGUACGGAUCUCUAGUGCACUGUUCGGCGGCCGAUUAAGGACAACUCGAGAUAUUGAGCCGACCAACCGAGGAUCCUCCGACCAUGUCGCUGCUCAGCGUAACGGUGAAGAAGGCGCGGUUCAUCUGCGAGGAUGCGGAGCAGUUCAACUCCUACGUAACGUUGAAACUACAAAAUGUAAAGUCAACGACAGUAACUGUGAAAGGGGCCAAUCCAUGCUGGGAACAAGAUUUCCUCUUCGAAACGAAUGACAUGAAUGCUGGGCUCGUAAUCGAAGUAUGGUGCAAGGGAUUCUUGUGGGACCGUUUUCUGGGCUACUACUAUAUUCCACUGUCAGAGGUGUCCUACAUGAACGAGGUAAUGAGAAAUCAGUGCAACUUAAGUCGUACAGAGGUACAGCAAUUUGAACGACACACAUCGCCCGACAUGCGUGAUACCAACAGCAACACACAGCCAGACAUCAUCACUGACACGGAGACUACAGGACAGUGGGUCAAUUUAGGUCUGGAGCUGGAGCAGAGGGGCAAUGAUAUCAUCGGUACGAAGAAACCGACCGGUCAUUCGCUUUUAAUCGACUGCCGACUAGAGCUGCCGUACGGAAAGCGCGUACAACGAACUGGAUGGAAAGCCCUGCUAACGAGCAAAACAGCAAUGCAGUUGCGAGCAGCCCGGCCCAUGUGUGGCUCAGACCCCGAGAACACGGAGGCGGCCGAUCUGCAGAGGAAGCUGGAAAUGCUGAACAACAUGAUGGACCAGGAGGCGCGGGCCGAACAGGCACGAAGGCAGAUAUUAUACAAUAUAGGCCACUCGGGAUACUCGGAGGACUCUGACUACACGUCGGACUUGAAUUAUCCAGUAGGUGGACAGGGCGCGAACAGCUCGGCCUCACAAUUUCGUACGGCGGCUAACCAAUUGGCUACACCUCAAAGAUCCCUCGAGACGUCGCGAGAAAAUAGUUACGAGAGAGACGAUCAUCAGGUUCCAGUCACUGUCGGAGGAAGGCUGGCGCCUGGUAAUUAUGGAAGUUACGGGGGUUCGGGCCAUAGUCCGAGAUACGACGAGCCAUAUCCGGAGGAUGGUCUACCGCAGAGAUACUUGCAGACCCAGCAGCACCCUUCAGAGUCUUCCGAGCCACUCUUUUACAACAGUAGACCGAAGCACUACAAGGAAUACAGACGACGGAAGCACACAUGGGAUUACGACGACAGCCAAGACGGCUGGUACAGUGAGGGUUAUGAUUAUCAAGGAACAAAGGUCGACGACGCGAGGAUUUAUAGCGAUACUGAAUACUACUCAAACAACACGACAUCUACAAAAAGACGAGGAGCAAAAGCAAUUCCAUACAGAAGACCGUCUCUGGAAAGACAAAUGACUCUAUAUGACGAUCACUCGUAUUACGCUGAUGGAUAUAGCAGCGACGGCAGAGUGGGUAAAAUGAGCGCUACAUAUCCGGAAUGCGAGACGGAUAUUAGAUAUAAUGAAUACUACGACAACAUAACGGGAUACGUCUAUCAAGAUGAGAGAUACGGUCAGGACGACGAGGACAGACAAUGGGACAGCGGAGGGAAAAGGCACUUGGGAACGAGCACGUAUUAUGAAAAUAAGCGAAACAGAAAGACGCUUCCACAGAGACCAGCUUCGAGCAUCGGUAUACAUCGGCCAGAUUAUAGACCCACUGUUACUAGACAGCGUAGUUACGAAUCAGAAGAACUCGACUACAACGGAUACAAUACUCGUCGCCGGAAGAUCUUGCAGCCGCAGCAGCGUCCGAUGUCGCGGCAGGAGGGCGGCACCGGUAAGAAACUACCUCCGACCCCGACCAAGCCGAGCAACGUUGUAAUCAACCGUAAACUCGCCUCCCUGCCCGCCACGCCGAGCAGACAACUGCCAAAGACCCGAACGCCCUCCGAGGAAAGCUAUUACAAGUCUGAUUACAACGAGGACUAUAAUUACGCUUACCGUAGUCAGGAUAAUCUUCCACAGGAUACGUAUACGGAGAACAUUUACAGUCAGCAGCAAACACAAAACAGCUACGGACAGCAAAGUGCUCAGGUGGAUCAGGUGCACGUCGCUAACAAGACUCAUUACCCUGAGGUAAAUCAGGUUAAUCAAUACGGAUACGCAACGGUUGACGGCCAAUACGACCAAUCGUAUCCGGAGCAGGAAACACAGAACAGCUAUGGAGAGACAUACGCGCAACAGAAUUCGUACAAGGACGAGUUCCAGCAACCUUACGAGCAACAAAACGCUGAAACGUAUCGUGAAUCCUAUUUAGAUACGACAUAUCCGAUCGCCAGCCAGGCAAAUGAUCACCAGUACACGAAUCAGACGAAAAAUCAAUACGACAAACCUGACGGUAUGAUAAUCGAGGAUAAUUAUCAUGAGAUGGGUUUCAAUCAGAACAAUAUUCAGUAUCACCAACAGGAUUAUAAACAGCAGGACGUUUAUCAAGAGCAAUACGAUGAUUAUAAUGUCACCACCGUGCCGUCGAGCGUUUAUGAUCAAAAUAAUGUGACGAAUACAUAUAAUCAGUAUCAACCGGAGCAGUACGAUUCCCAAUAUAAUAUCAAUACGUCGACCGAUUAUCAGAAGACUUAUCAAGAAACGUACAAUCAAGUGCCUGUUACAUCGCAGGAAAACUAUCAGGAAUCUUAUACGAAGCCGCAGGAAGAUUUUGUAAAUUAUCAAACGCCAUACAGUAAACAGGAAGAUGUGCCUACAACAUACAAGAACAAUUAUCAGGAAUCUUAUCAGGAAAAUUAUCAAGAGAUAUACGAUGAAUAUCCAGACUCUUAUCAAGGAUCUUUCGAGGAGCAGCGUUACAAAGAAAGCCCAAGAGAGACGGCAACAACGACGGAUAGAAGGCAGAGCGAAGUUCCCGAGCUCUCCGUGACUACGCCUCGUGGACAGACAAGAACGAAUGGCUAUCCGUCGAGCGAAUCAGAAUACAUUUAUCAAGAGAACGAGGACGCGUCGCCAUUGAGCACUUCGAGAAGGAAGAAGCUUGGCAAUAAGCGCGAAGCCAGCCCACUUCUUCAGCAAAACACGGACUCACUCGAGUCUAGAGAUGACGAAUUAAAGGAUUCGUUUGAGACUGCUGUAAGUUCGGUCAGCAGCAAUCAGUUGAAGAAGGGAUAUAGCGAGUAUUCGACGGCCGGUGAUUCAAGUCCCGCAGCCGUCACUUUGGUAGAUUCUUUGCCGAAUGUCGCUCAAUCUCAAACGACCACGAUGGUCAAUCACGUGACUGCCAAUCACGUAACCACAACCGCAAUGGUUCAUACCACGACGAAUAUCGUGAACGGCAAACGACCAUUAGCCAGAACGGAUUCCUAUCAGGAGGAUAUCGUCGAGGACGAGGAAUACCCGGAGAUUAUUCCCAAGGAGCCACAGAGAAAAGACUCGCAGCUGUCGCAUCAGAGUCAGCUCAGUCAACACUCUCAGUCAGCGACGCAGAAGCCGAAGCUCACUAGAGGAGACUCUUAUGCCUCAGAUAAUUUCCCCGAGGAGUCUUACAGUCGUAGAGAAUCGUACUCACAGUUGCCCAGAAAAGAUUCUUUCUCGUCGACUACCGAAGGAUUCAAGCCGCCUCUUACCAGAACCGAUUCAUAUCAGCAGAGAGAAUUACGAGGAAACAAUUACGGACAAAACUUUACCGCGCUGCAGCCCAUUUCUAGAGCGGAAAGCUAUCAACGCGGUCACUUUAAGGAUCAGGAAUCGAUAGAUCAGAGCGACAUCGUUCUGAGCAACGCGAUAAACGGGGACUAUCAGAUGCGGGACGAGACUCUUGAGAGGUACGAACGAGGUGAGGAAGCCUUGCUUCGUAACUCUCGAGAGGACUCAUUGGAACAAUAUAAAGGGACCCCGUCUUUGUCGCAUAUUGACAGUCCGCGCGGGAGCAUAACUAAGCAAGCGUCACUGGACGAGAGCGUUCAGAUGGACACUCCGCCGAGAAGUCCACCGGAGCCGCCACCCGAUGAGGAACUGCUAGAGAUGGUCGGGGUCGCGCCCGUACCCACGCAACUGAAAGAACGUCCGGAAAUGACGGCGAGACAACGCUGGCAUUGGGCGUACAAUCAGAUCAUCAUGCAGCUAAACGUGAGUAUUACAAUUUUGUCAAUUGCUCCAAUAUUGAUGCGACAUACGAGAUUGCGACAGGUGAGUCUUAUUUUUGCACAAUGCUCUGCCUUCAACUAUUAUGAUAUUAAAACGAAUGCGCUAUUAAUAUAA